AUGUCCAACGGAGGCAGAUUUGAUUUUGAUGAUGGAGGCUGUUAUGUGGGCGACUGGGAAGAGGGCCGGGCACAUGGCUACGGGGUGUGCACAGGCCCGGGAGCCCAGGGGGAGUACAGCGGGCGUUGGAGUCGCGGCUUUGAGUCUCUGGGCGUUUAUACUUGGCCCAGUGGGAAUACCUACCAGGGCUUCUGGAGUCAAGGCAAGCGCAGUGGCCUGGGCACGGAGCGGAAGAGCAAGUGGAGUUACAAGGGGGAGUGGUGCCAUGGGCUGAAGGGCCACCUGGGCAUCUGGGAAAGCCACUCGGGAGUUGUCUACGAAGGCAUGUGGCGUGAAGGUCUUCAGGAUGGCUACGGGAUGGAGACCUACACGGACGGAGGUACUUACCAAGGCCAGUGGCAGUCCGGCAAGCGUCAUGGAUAUGGAGUGCGCCAGAGUGUCCCGUAUCGACAAGCCACCCUGGUGCGCUCCCCACACCGGACCUCACUGGAGUCUCUCCACAGUGAGGCCAAUCACAAUGCCCUUGUGGUACCUCUCCCUUCUUCGCUGUAUCCUUCACCACUCCCUGGGGACAGCCCCGCCUCAGGGUCCAGGGGUGGCUUUGUCUUAGCUUUCCCUGGAGAUCCAGACUUCCCCAAGGGGACCAAGAAGAAAAGCGGAGGGUUCUUCCGGCGUUCCUUGCUCCUGAGCGGGCUAAGAGUGCGGAGGGCCGAGUCUAAAGCCUCUCUGGGCAGCAAGCGAGGGUCCCUCAAGAGUGAGGCAGGGGUCAGUUCAGUGGGAAGCGAGGCCACCACCCUCAGCUAUGCCGAGAUUGAACCUCCUGAGCUGCCUUCAACUCUGACCAUUGAAGGUUCUUCCACUGAGGUCUACGCGGGAGAAUGGCGGGCUGACCAACGCAGUGGCUACGGGGUGAGUCACCGCUCCAACAGGCUGCGGUAUGAAGGUGAGUGGCUGGGGAACCGGCGACAUGGAUAUGGGCGCACUACCUACCCCGACGGUUCCAAAGAAGAAGGGAAGUACAAGCUCAACCGGUUGGUGAGUGGGAAGGUGAAGAACCUCAUCCCACUUCGACGGAGCAAAGUCAAAGAGAAAGUGGACCGAGCAGUUGAGGUGGCCCAGACAGCGGUCAGCAUGGCUCGUCAGAAGCAAGAAUUAGCCAUCACCAGGUAA